UGCUGCAGCCAAGGCUGGAGCCAUGAGGCGGCCCCCGAGCAAUGGAGAGGCGGCCAGCGAAGGUCCAGGUGGCUGGGGUCUAUGGGGAGUCCAGGAGUCCAGGAGGCUGUGCUGUGCCGGUCACGACCGCUGCGAGCAGGCCUUGCUGCAGAUUGGGAUCAACAUGAUGGCGCUGCCUGGAGGUCGCCACCUGGACUCCAUCACCCUGCCGGGUCAGCGACUGCACCUGAUGCAGGUGGACUCAGUCCAGCGCUGGAUGGAAGAUCUGAAGCUCAUGACCGAGUGCGAGUGCAUGUGCGUCCUGCAGGCGAAGCCCAUCAGCCUGGAAGAGGAUGCACAGGGUGACCUUAUCUUGGCAGGUGGCCCUGGCCCUGGAGACCCCCUGCAGCUGCUGCUUAAACGGGGUUGGGUCAUCAGCACAGAGCUGCGCAGGAUCGGGCAGAAGCUGGCCCAGGACCGCUGGGCACGGGUGCACAGCAUGAGCGUGCGUCUGACCUGCCAUGCCCGCUCCAUGGUCAGCGAGUACAGUGCUGUCAGCAGGAACUCCUCGAAGGAAAUGGGCCAGAUUGAGAAACUGCUAAUGGAGAAAUGCUCAGAGCUCUCGGCAGUCACAGAGAGGUGCCUUCAGGUUGAGAAUGAGCAUGUCCUGAAGUCAAUGAAGGCCUGCGUGAGUGAGACCCUGAGCAUGCUGGGCCAGCACUUUGGCCAGCUGCUGGAGCUGGCCCUGACACGGGAGGUUCAGGCACUGGUGAGAAAAAUUGAUGCCUCAGACAAUAUCUACACCACAGAGUCCACCACAGGGAACCUGUUCAGCCUGACCCAGGAGGGGGCUCCCUUGUGCCGCAUCAUAGCCAAGGAGGGUGGGGUCGUAGCACUCUUCAAGGUUUGCCGGCAGGACACUUUCCGGUGCUUGUACCCCCAGGCGCUCCGCACACUGGCCUCCAUCUGCUGCGUGGAAGAGGGUGUCCACCAGCUGGAGAAGGUGGAUGGCGUUCUGUGCUUGGCCGACAUCCUGACUGACGACAGCCACUCAGAGGCCACACGGGCUGAGGCUGCGGCUGUGGUGGCCCAGGUCACCUCCCCACACCUGCCCAUCACCCAGCACCUCAGUAGCUUCAUGGAGAGCAUGGAGGAGAUCGUGACAGCCCUCGUCAAACUGUGCCAAGAGGCCUCAUCAGGGGAAGUCUUCCUGCUGGCCUCUGCGGCCCUUGCCAACAUCACGUUCUUUGAUACAAUGGCCUGCGAGAUGCUCCUGCAGCUGAACGCCAUCCGUGUCCUCCUGGAAGCCUGCAGUGACAAGCAGAGAGUGGACACGCCUUAUACUCGGGACCAGAUUGUGACCAUCUUGGCAAACAUGUCUGUCCUAGAGCAGUGUGCCUCUGACAUCAUUCAGGAGAAUGGGGUCCAGCUCAUCAUGGGCAUGCUGUCCGAAAAGCCAAGGUCUGGGACCCCUGCUGAGGUGGCAGCCUGUGAGCGAGUCCAGCAGAAAGCUGCAGUGACCCUGGCUCGUCUCAGCCGAGACCCAGAUGUGGCACGGGAGGCUGUGCGGCUCAGCUGCAUGCCCCGUCUCAUCGAGCUCUGCAGAUCCCCAUCAGAAAGGAACAGCAGUGAUGCCGUGCUCGUGGCCUGCCUGGCUGCUCUGCGUAGAUUGGCUGGGGUCUGCCCCGAAGGCCUCCAGGACUCUGACUUUCAGCAGUUGGUCCAGCCUCGGCUUGUGGAUUCCUUCUUACUCUGCAGCAACAUGGAGGAGAGUUUUGUGUAGUGGGUGUGGGAGAAGAAAGACAUUUGGCUGUUCUCAAGCCCCCUCUGAGUACACACCAGUGAACACACCUGAGUACACACAAGCUCUCCUCAUCUUAUUUAUACUUAACUUAUUUUUGUGUGAAAUAAACGGAGGGCGAAAUCUUAGAGCAACAUCAUCAAACAGUCUGUGGUCCUUGGGAAUCUUCUUUGUUUUUUAUUUUUUGACUUCUGUAGCUUUUCAGUUGCAGAUGUUGAAAUUCAUAAUGGCUAAUAUGACAGAUUGUCAUGGGUGAUUCCACUUCAUCUUAUUUUUUCUACUCUCACUAUAUAAUCUUGCCUCAUUUUUUAAAACUUCGGAACCAGAGUAUUUCAACUGCCUAGCAGAGUUUUUUUUUUAAAGCUACAUUUGCUCUUCCCAAAAAUCUAACAUGAAUUCCAUAAUUGGGUAGAAUAUAUUGGAAAAAAGUUUCUUUUUCUUCAAUAAAUGGCAUUAUAUAUAUCCCAGAUUUUCUUAUUAAGUUGUGUUUUAAACUAA